AUGGGCGUCUACCAGUGUUUGCUCGGCAUAGCUCGUGAUUUCGGCCCCAGCCCUGAUAAUGUCAAAGCAGCUGUGAAUGCCGUGCUGAAGGCGGCCGCGACAGUGAAGCGUGGCAUGCGUGAGAAGGACGGCCAAUCUGGAGCCCAAGAUGUUGUGGACAAGGAAUUGCACCAUCAUCUGAAGGACAAGGGUGGGCUUCUGCAGCUUCUAAUCACAGGCGAGGCCAGUCUGGCUCGCAUGUUGGAGGAUUCAGGCAAGUACCGAAUCUUAUGGGCGGAAUCGCAACAAAAGGAGUUCAGUCAGGCACUCCGGAAUUUCAGCUAUGCAAAGCAGAGGUUCAACAGCUUGAGCAUGCCAUUGUUCAAGCUUCUCAGCAGCUUGAAAUCCGUAUAUGCUUUCCUGGUGCAGCUGGCUGCAGAAGGCGAUCGUGACGACCGGCGUUUUGCAGAGACUUUGUUGACAGAGCUGUCUGGCCGAAGUGCAUUUCAGCACUUGGUAAAUGCCGCUCUGGCAGCCGAUUCGAUGUUGAUUGGCCAGCGCUUCUUGCGGCUCGCGGACACUGACAAUGACGAGGCCUGUGUCACGGCACAGCAGGCAGCGGAGACGAUCCACACGAUGGAACACAUGUUUGACAAAGGCGGCGUAUUCUUGCCGAGUGCAGCAGCUACUGUUACACAGACCGUGAUCCGCACCCUCCAAGAUAUCGGUAUCAUAACUUUUCUUGGGAAUCGUACCACGGGUAGCCGGGGCCCUCGCCCACUCAGGGCGGUAGCUGUUUGGGAUGUCUCCGAAGGCGACCUCACGGAAUCUCGACAAGUGGCUCAGAAGGUGUACAGAAUCUACAAGGCCUUUUUUGAUUCAAAUUUUCCUCGCCAUGAAUAUAGCAAUGCUUUUGCUGCUAUGGACUUAGAAAAUGAUCUGACGCUGUCCCAGCGGGGAGAACUGGUGCAGUCUAUUGCCCAACAGAACCACAUGGACGGUGCGAAAACCUGGAAGCAGCUGAGCGGCGGAGGUAGCGAUGACGGGCUUGGUGCUGGCGGCCUGCUCGCCAGAGCGUUCUGGCAUCUGAAGGAACAGCGCCAGGGCUCCAACAAUGCCUGGUUGGCCACACUUCGAGAGCUUCGGAAGGAGCAGGCCGCGGUGCGCUUGGAGGCAUGCUGGCUGGUGCAACACACUUUGACGAUUGGAACGUCCACGGCAUCAGUCGAACGGAAUCUGCACGAAGUUUCUGUCACAGAGUUGAAAAACAGAGCUCACAGAUUGCACAUCUACGCUCUUCAAGACGCUGUGAAGUUGAGUGUGCAUGGGUGCGCUUCUGCUGACAGUCUUCGGGACGGCAGGGAUGCUAGUGGCAACUGGAAGCCUUCCAAGUUUGCU